AUCCCUUUCCCCCCUUCAUCGCUGAACCGUCAUCUUCCCCUGCUUUGCCGCCAGCCGCUUAAUCUGUGUAUUCUUGAUAACAUUCUGCCAUCAUGGCGGACUAUGCCUAUGGAGGUUCCGAGGAGGAGAAUGCUGAGCUGAGGAAGCUUGAAACUGAGCUGGCGGAGGAUCCAGACAACUUUGAGGUUUGGGAGAGACUCGUUCGUGCCGCCGAAGGGCUAGAAGGUGGAAUCAACCGCAACUCCAACCCCCAGGCCAUUACCACCGUGAGAAACGUGUAUGAUCGCUUCCUGGCCAAAUUUCCAUUGCUCUUUGGAUACUGGAAAAAAUAUGCCGACCUUGAAUUCUCGAUCACAGGAACUGAGGCUGCAGAUAUGGUCUAUGAGCGCGGUGUCGCAAGCAUUUCCUCUUCAGUCGAUCUGUGGACCAACUAUUGCACUUUCAAAGCGGAGACAUCUCACGAGCCCGAAAUUAUCCGAGAGUAAGUAGACUAAAAACUGGCCUAAAAGCUGGCUUUUACUUCCCCUGUAACCGUGACCAAACGCAGCGCGGACGCUUCUGUGGUGCCGGAAUAUAUAUGAUGUUAAAGGAGGCCAUUGGCAAGAGUUCCCUCGAUGAUGGGUGAGAUCGGUCGCCUACCAUCCUGAUUCACUGGAAUUUACUUCUCACCCAUGGCUUCAGGCUGUUUCCUUUUUAUUUCCCUUGGAUGAAAGAGAAGAUGAUGCACCACCACCCAUGCACGGACAACACAACAAUUCCCUUCUUCGGAAAAUCCUUUUAUUCUACGCACGAUUCAUAAAACUGACACAGUCAUUGAUGAGUCGUUUGGGAUCACCCGCUUUGAAAGAGUUAAUUCCUCAUGUUUGCAAUCCUUGUCAUUCUCCUUCUCAACCCCCCAAUCCCUUUGCCGCUCUUUAUUCCUUGGCUUAUAAGUCUGUUGGUUAUGCUGAUAACCCUCAUAGGCUUUUCGAACGUGGAGCGAGCAGCGUAGGACUGGAUUUCUUGGCUCAUCCGUUCUGGGACAAGUACCUCGAAUUCGAAGAACAUUCGGAAGCAUUUGACAAGAUAUUCGAAAUCCUGGGCCGUAUUAUCCAUAUACCUAUGCACCAAUAUGCUCGCUACUUUGAACGAUAUCGUCAACUUGCGCAGACGCGUCCCGUGGCUGAGUUGGCUCCCUCGGAUAUCUUAAACCAAUUCCGGGCUGAUCUCGAUGCAGCCUCGUCUCAUCUACCGCCAGGGGCGAAGGCUGAGGCGGAGGUUGAAAGAGAUCUACGGUUGCGUCUCGAUGGUUAUCAUUUGGAGAUAUUCACCAAAACCCAGACGGAAACAACGAAGCGAUGGACGUACGAGUCCGAGAUUAAGCGCCCGUAUUUCCACGUCACCGAAUUGGAUGAAGGCCAAUUGUCGAACUGGCGGAAGUAUCUCGACUUCGAGGAGGCUGAAGGCUCCUACCCCAGAAUACAGUUCUUGUAUGAACGUUGCCUUGUGACGUGUGCUCAUUAUGAUGAGUUCUGGCUACGCUAUGUGAGAUGGAUGGAAGCCCAGCCCGGAAAGGAGGAGGAAGUACGGAACAUCUACCAACGCGCAAGUUGCCUAUACGUACCGAUUGCGAAUCCCACGAUCCGUCUUUACUAUGCCUACUUUGAAGAAAUGUCGGGCCGGGUGGAUGUCGCAAAAGAUAUCCACAAUGCUAUCCUUCUCAAUUUACCCAAUCACGUCGAGACAAUUGUAUCCUUGGCAAAUGUGUCACGCCGUCAUGGUGGCUUAGAGGCCGCUAUUGAAGUUUACAAGACCCAGCUCGACUCUCCCCAAUGUGCCCUAGCCACUAAAGCUGCCCUUGUUGCCGAGUGGGCUCGUCUUCUUUGGAAGAUCAAGGGCUCGCCGGAGGAUGCUCGUCAGGUCUUCCAAAAGAACCAGCAAUAUUACCUGGAUAGCACUCCCUUCUGGACCAGUUAUCUCAUGUUCGAAUUAGAGCAGCCCACAAGCGCUGCGACUGAAAACGUCCAAUACGGACGUAUCAAACAGGUGGUCGACGACAUCCGAUCCAAGAGCGCACUUUCAGCGGAUACGGUCAAGGAGCUUGUAAAGGCCUAUAUGGUCUACCUCCUCGAGAGAGGCACCAAGGAUGCCGCCAAGGAAUACAUUACCCUGGAUCGCGAGGUUCACGGUCCUUCAUCCGUUGCAGCACCCAAGAUUGGGGAUGCCGGCAAGGCUGUUCAAAAUGACGGACGGCUCCCAGCUGCCGUAGAACCUACUACUGCUGCCGCUGCCGCUGCCACCGCCGGCGUUGCUACGCAACCAAACCCAUAUGGUUACUAUCAAGAAGCCGCCGCAAAUGGCACUUCAACUGUCUAAACGAUAUUCAAACCCCUAGGUCUCAAAAGCAGCUGGCUUGGACUUUUCCCACUCAUUGAGCGUGUAUGAAAACGAUUUUCCUCUCUUUGACCUCGUAAGAGGUAUGGCUUUUUUUUCUUUUUUUUAGAACAUUUCUCUUUCGGUGGCUUUCGUACUUGUGCUUUGUGGACAGAUUACUCCAUUAGCAAUUUCGGCGUGCUUUCGAAUGGAGAUGAGCAGUCAAGUAAUUAAAUUGGUAGCUCGUUUUAAGAUCUACUGUGGAGAUUAUUUGAUGCAGCUAUAGAGAAUUGGACACGACUUGUAUUCUACUGAG